UCCUCGGCCUCCGGGUACGACAUCCCCCCCGGCUCCCGUGCGUAACCGACCACGCCGAAUGUACACAUCAGUCACCAUCAGCUGAUCGGAGGGAGAGGAGGCUCGCGCAGGUGCUCCCGAUGGCCGUGGGGAAUCCUGUCUGAUUUACUCUCUUUAUUCAGUCAGAUUGAACGCCGAUUAACACCCCAUGACAGCAACGGUGGUCGUCCUGUUCGUGGCUAAGCGUCUCAAAAUCGUGGACUACCCCGAGUUCACGCCGGACAUCGUGAACAAGAUAUGGCCGCUGCCCCUCAUCUACGUGGGGAACCUCAUCUUCGGGCUGGGAGGCACCAAGAGGCUCAGUUUGCCGAUGUUCACCGUCCUUCGGAGAUUUUCCAUUCUCUUCACCAUGAUUGGAGAAAAAUUAAUUUUAGGGAAUAACCCACCUUUUACUAUUCAAUUAACUGUGUACACUAUGAUCCUUGGCUCCAUCAUUGCAGCGCUAAACGAUAUCUCCUUUGAUGCGGUGGGUUACUUCUUUGUGCUAUCCAACAACGUGUUCACGGCAGCCAAUGGCGUCUAUGUCAAGAAGAAGUUGGACAGUAAGGAUCUGGGGAAGUAUGGUCUCCUGUUCUACAAUUCACUCUUCAUGCUGCCAUUCGCAGUCUCCUUCAGCUGGUUCAAUGGCGAUCUUGAUAAGGCAGUGGCGUACGAAGGCUGGAGUGACCUGUGGUUCACGGUACAGUUCAUCAUGUCGUGCAUCAUGGGAUUCAUCCUGAUGUACUCGGUGAUGCUGUGCACGCAGUACAACUCUGCCCUCACCACCACCAUCAUCGGGUGCCUCAAGAACAUCUUCGUGACGUACUUAGGGAUGAUUAUUGGAGGCGACUACGUGUUCUCCAUCUACAACUUCGCGGGGCUCAAUAUCAGCAUUGCAGGUAGUAUAGUGUACUCGUGGGUGACGUUUCGCAGAAAGGACCCCCCCAAGCCAGAGCUCCUGAAAGCUGUCCCGACCUCCAACGUCUGAGCUGUGGUGCCGUUGUUUGGACGCGAGGCAUUCUCCGCAGUGAUGAAAUAUCCGUUACGAAAGAGGUUUUGUGUGCUCAUCGUGAUAAGUUCCCAUUGCUGGGAAAUGGUGUUGCUCAUGUUGUGGGUGUGUCUUUUUUUUUUUCUCUUUUAUUUGUCACUUGUCGUGAGUAUUAAAUCUAAUUUAAAAGAAAAAAGGUAUUGCACUUUGAUCAGUGGUGGAUUUUGAUAGUAUUGUUUCUCAUAAGUCUACAUCUUUGGUGUACAUCUGUAUUCGAGUUUUUUUUUCUGUCAAAAGAUUUUGAUUCUUUUUUUUUUUCUUUCAUUCUUUCUUUUUAAGAAAAUGAUUUUGAAUUUUCUCUCAAGUAAUAGCAGUUUGACAAACCCGAAAACUUCAAAAUAAUAACAAUUUUAUAAAGUACGUAUUCGUUCAGCCCGUGUGGUGCAUGAGGCUGACAAUCCAAGUGGGCAUCUGCAGAUUUCAGGGCAUUAUCCCUCUAUGGUACUUGCCUCCCUUUUAGACUGAUUUCACUGUAUCAGCAGAGGGAGGACACUUAAGACUGAAAAUGCAAGAGCGUAGUAUAUGAAAAUUAGGAAUAUAUGUUCUGUGACCUUUUACACAGAGUUCCAUCUUUCGUUGGUGUCUUUGUGAUUGGGUGUACUUUGCGCUGAAGAUCAGGGUUUUGCGAAAGUUGAAUAUCCUGUGUUAUAGUGCGACAGUCAGGUCCUGCUCGAUUUUGAAAAGAUGCACAUUACUUAAAAUUGUUUUCCUUUGAUGGAAAAUCCAGUGGUUAGACUAUAGAAAGUAUUUGAUAUAUGGAUAGGCCUGCAGUGUGUCUUAGUUAUGAAGAUAAGGAUUGUUGUUGUGAAUGGCAUUAAAAAAAAAUAAUGAAAAAAAAAAAUCAGAAGCAACAAUAGAAGCGAGUGCGUACAACUGGUGUCUCUAGCAUUUUUAUCAAACUGGCAUAAUCCUGCUCAGCCAGAAAAUUGUCAUGGAUUUUAUUACAAAGCUGAUGUUUUGAAUAGUACCAAGGAGAAUUAAAUGAACUAUAAAAGAUAAAUACAGAGAGUGAAUUUUUUUGGUGAGCAAGAAUUUUCUGUUUAGCAAACUGUAAAUCUGUGCCAAGCUUCAAGCAGCAUUAAUCAUCCGAUGUUCAAAAAUGCAUCUAAGAGGCAAUAUACCUGAAAUGAACCUGCAGACGUCAAAGAAAUAACACGAGUGGGAAUAAAUCUCAAGUUUUUGCUCUUCAUUUUGUUAACUGAAAAUCAACUGUUCAUUCAUAUAGUGAUUCUAGUGACAAGGAAGAGGGGAAUCCAGUUUUGCAGUCAUUCCAUGUAACAGAAAGUACAGUGUAUAAUGUUGUUUGGACACAUUUGUUGUGUGGUGUGAUACGUAUGUGUUAGGUUAUUUAUUCAUAACUUUUAAGUUACUUAAUCUCCCCCCCCCCCUUUUUUUUUCUGAAAGAGAGUUGUUUGUUCAUUUUCGAAGACCCCGAGUUUCAGUUUGAAUCGUUGGAAUGACCCGAAGCGGCGUUAGAGAGCGUUGGAACUCUUGGUUUAUGAUUUUAUUUUUAUUUUUUUGGAAUAAGAUGGUUAUGCUUCCCUGUUUUGUCGUAAGAACUGUCAUUAUGUGAUAAGGGAGAAGUAUGCCAUUUUGUAUUUUUGCUGUAAAGUUGUAUUUUUGUGGAGAAUAUUUGUGAUUUUUUUUUUUUUUUUUUUUUUUUUUUCCAAAUUGAGCUUAUGUAUAUAUGUAUGUAGCUACCUAUCUAUCUUUUAAACACAUAAAUGCACAUGGUUACAUUUGCUCAUGUACUCACAUAUAUAUACACACAUGGGUACAAACAGACAAUCUCAAUCCUUUCUCUUAACUCAUUUUUCCCUCUUUCUUCUCCUAUCCCAUUCCCCCUUUCUUCUCUAUCCUCAUUCUCUUUUGCUAUCCCUCUCCUACAUUUACACCUCAUUUGCAGCCUCUCCCAUACGUCUUUCCCCCUCAAUUCUCCCACUCACACCAAUGCACACAAACAUACGCACACGAGUUGUAACGAUACGCGUGGAAGAGUGGGAUGAAGCAUGGCCGAAACGGGGAAGGAUUUAAUAUACUAUUAGGUUCACUGUCGUCACUGUUUGGGGGAAACUUUUUUUUUUUCCCCUCUCAGUAUGAGCCAAGUACGUUCCCGGUGAGAUGAGAGAGAGAGAAAUGGCCUUUCUUUAUCUUAAACCAUUGCUGACAAGUAGUGUAGUUAUGUGUGUGUAUAUAUAUAUAUAUGUAUAUGGAUAAAGUAUUUAUAUAAUAUUUAUAUAAAUAUUUUUUUAUAUACAUAAAUCUUUCCUGAUGUAGUUUGUUAUUACUUGUCCUUUUUAUUUUUUAUUCUUUUUGUAAGCAGAACUUAUUGUUAUUUUUGUUAUGUAUCAUUUAUAAAAUACUGUAAAAGAAAAAGUUCCAAGACUGAAAGCAAGUAAUAAGAAUGAAAAAAGGUAAAAGGAAAUCCAUUUGCAUCAACAUUUCAGUCAUUUUAUAUCCACUGCUCAUGGUCUCAUUCGCUUUAGAAUGAAUCUGACUUACGCAAAAGGGGCAUUAUGUUUUAAAGUUUACUCAUCAUUAUUAUUAUUUAUUUAUUUUAUAUAUAUAUUUU